AUGCUCGAGUUCAAGCUUCGUCGAGUUGUUGUGUCCUAUUUUAUACAGGAAGCAAAUACCUUGGCGCUGCCUGACAUUGUGAUAUGCCCAUUCAAUCGCUUCAAUAGGUCGUUCUUGGAGCAAUGGAACGUUUCUGCUGGUCUAGCACAGUAUUUUGAACUUUCCUAUCCAUCUCCAGUCAUUCACACUUUUCAAACACGGAUGUAUGAAGAAACCGUGAACAAUCUCGAUGCUCAUGAGUAUGAGUUGGAGCUGCUGCUUGAGCGAAUUGGAAACAUGUCGUACACGUCUUUUUUGAAGGCGAAAAAGGACCUAAACAUAGAUUUACUUCAGACCGGUGAUGGUUUCGGCUACGGUGAUAGAAUCGUCAUUACCUUACCCCAACAUCUUUAUAACCCAGGUGCCAAUCAGAUGCUGAAUGAUGGAAUUAUUGUGAAGCUUGCUGAACGAGGCAAAGGCAUCGACAACGACCUCACAUUUAUACCUUCAGGUGUUCAUGCUAUAAUGCCGUUAUCAGCAACACAGUAUGAGUUUAUGAAUGAUCCGCCGAGGAAACCUGAUAUCUGCACAACGAAACAGUUUUUUCAUUGCUUCGCUGCUCAUCUUUUUCCUGUGAACACCUCUUCCACAAUCGAGAACUGUAAAUCAAAAUGCAAACCUCCCUGCUCCUACUGGCAGUAUCAGAAAUCUGUCAGCUAUGCGACAUUUCCUGGGCAAGUGGUGAGUUAGAU